GUUGCGAAGAUGGCGCUGCUGGGGAUGCUCUGUGGGAUUGCCCGCGCGUGGCGCCUUGGCGGUUGCCCUCGGGCCGAGAGGGUACUGGCAUCUUCCAGCAUUCCUCUUCUAUCAACUAUUAAUACAUGCAGAUGUUUUGGGUACAGCAUAAAAUGGGAUAAGAGGAACAGGAUCACCUAUCCGCCACAAGGACCAGACGAGCCUCGAAGGCCAGCAGAGAUAUACCACUGUCGAAGAGAUAUCAAAUAUGAUAAGGAUAAGAUGUGGUACCUGGCCAAAUUGAUACGGGGAAUGACCAUUGACGAGGCACUGGCUCAGUUAGAAUUCAAUGAUAAAAAGGGAGCAAAAAUAAUCAAAGAGGUUCUUCUGGAAGCUCAAGAACUGGCAGUGACAAGAUAUAAUGUAGAAUUUAAAUCCAAUUUAUACAUUGCUGAAUCAUUUUCUGGAAAGGGACAUUAUCUAAAAAGAAUCCGCUACCAUGGCAAAGGCUGUUUUGGGGUAAUGGACAAAGUCAAAUGUCAUUAUUUUGUGAGAUUAGUUGAAGGACCACCUCCACCUCCAGCACCAGCAAAGACUGGGUUUGAUCAAGCUAAGGAGUAUGUUGAGCAACUUCGUAAACGAACCAUUAUUAAUACACUGUGAUAGCUCUCAUAAUGUAUUUGUUUUUCCUUUUUGAUAAAAAUGUAAAUAAAGUACAUUUCAAAAAUAA